UAUAAGAGGGCUAUAGUCUUCUGGAUAUCAAUUUCGAUCUGAUUUUUUUUUUCGCUUUUUUGCUUCCGUGAUGAAGUCAUCGAGUAUAAUUUUUUUGUUCGUGGUUAUAUUCUCAUGCGGAUUUUUACUGAGACAAUCCGAAGCUGUCAACGUUUAUUGCUAUUAUGCUUCUUGGGCAGCAGAAAGACCUGAUCAUGCCAAAGUUUCUGGGGACGAUUUAGAUCCCAAUUUAUGUACCCACAUAUUUUAUGCAUUCUUGAGUCUUAAUCCAGAAGAUGAUGGAAAAUUAUCUUAUCUCGAUGAAGAAUUGGACGUCAAAUUAGGUAAUAUUCAGAAAGUUUCGGACCUCAAAAAAAUAAAUCCAAAUCUCAAACUCCUAUUCAGUGUUGGUGGCGCUUCUGCAGCGCCCUAUGUUUUUGCUGCUAUUGCUGCUGAUGAAACCAAACUGGCCAACUUCGUGAAAAGUAGUGAGGAGUUUUUGGACAAGUACAACUUCGAUGGUAUAGAUAUCGAUUGGGAAUACCCCUAUGACAAGCCCCUACUACUGAAGAUGGCCCAAGCUCUCAAAGAUCGCUUUCAACCUAAAGGUAGAUUAGUCACAACAGCAGUUGCUUAUAAUCCUGAAGAUGCUGGAUACGAUGUGAAAGGAAUGAAUGAAGUGUUCGACCUGAUCAAUGUAAUGAGCUACGAUUUCCAUGGAGCCUAUGCAGGCAAAUUGGGUCAAAACGCUCCUCUUUACGGCUCUUCUUCAGAAAGUUCAUGGCAGCAAACUGUUUUGAACUGCAAUGCUAGUUUAUGGAAUUGGAGAAAUAAAGGGGCUGUGCCAGAGAAAUUAUCUCUUGGAGCUGGAUUCUAUGGACACACUUUCAAGAUGGUAGAUGUUUCUCAAAAUUCACCAGGAGAUGCAGCCAGUGGACCAUGGGAUAAGGGACCUUAUACUGACAAUAUGGGCACACUGGGUUAUUUAGAAUUGUGUGAACUUCAUAAAUCUGGAACCACAAGAUGGGAUGAUGAACAAAAAGUUCCAUAUAUGACCGAUGGUAACAUGUGGGCUGGAUUUGACAAUGAGAAGUCUCUUCGAGAGAAGAUAAAAUACAUCAAGCAAGAAGGGAUUUCUGGUAUAAUGAUCUGGUCUAUCGAGACCGAUGACGUCAAGGGCAUCUGCGGCGGUCGUAAAUGGCCUCUCCUGAACGCAAUAAAUGAUGAAAUAAAAAACAAGAAUAUUUAGAUUUAUUGCUGAAAAUCAAAGAUAUUAAAAAGUAAAAGUGU